GUAAUUUAUGGGUUUGUUCCAUUACAUGCUUGCCAUAUCAUCCUUGGGCGACCUUGGUUGUAUGAUAGAGAUAUUUUGCAUCAAGGAAGGAAGAAUCGCUACUCUCUUAAGUGGAAAGGCAAGUUAGUGACACUUGAACCCUUGGAACCAAGUCAAGUCUUGAAAGCGCAAAUGAGUUUGAGAACAUCCUUGAAAAAUACAAAGAGAAAAAGUAAGGAUGAGAGACAAAAGAAAGAGAGGAGUGAGGGAGAGAAAAGUGACAACUCUAGGGUGGAAAAAGGAGAGGAAGAGCUUGACAAGAAAAUGAGAGAAAAGAAAGAGGAAAAACAAAAAGAGAGUGAGGAUUUUUCUUAUUCUAAUGCUACUAAUCUUUCUUCUUUCUCUAGUUGUUUUGUAUCUUAUGUAGGGACUUUUGGAGAGGAGCCAUCAAGUGACAUUCAACCAACUUUGAAGAGCUUGAAAGAAGAUCAAUAUAUCUUUUCAAGAGAACUUAUGGAAUUCCUUGAGCAAGUUCAAGGUAAAGAGAAUACUUUAGAAAUGCUUCAAGGUAAAAUAGCUUAUCCUUCUACUCUUGAUACUUUAGUUGAUUGUGGUGACACUUUGAGUUUGAAAGAUAGCUAUGAUAUUGAUGAGUUUGAUAUUUCUUUAUCUUGUGAUGAGAAAAAUAAUUGUGGCUUGCAACUAGCUAAGAGUUCUUGUGGAUUAUUGGAUGAUUCUAGUUCUUUGUUUAAUGACUCUUUAGCUAGUGAUGAUGUUGAGUCUUAUGAUAGUCCACCUUUAUGGGAUGAUGCAUGUGAUGAUUCUUUUGACUCCACUUUAACCUUGUUGGUAGAAAGUUUUGAACUUUAUGAAAAAACGACUCAAGAAAAUGUGUUGAUGAAUUUUUUGAUUCUAUUUCCAUUCCUUUGGAAGAAAGAUUCAAUUUUUAUGAUGGAAUAGGCAAAUUUGAAUGUGGUGAUUUGGUUGAUAGUAAAAAGGAAAGUAAAGUUUUUGAUGCUAGCAUUAGUAUUAAUUGCUUUACUUAUCUUAUUCCUACUUUUGAAAGAACAUUCUCGUUAGAUUUUGCUAAUGCUUCUAUGAGAAAAGGUAAGAAUAUUACUUUUGGUGGUUUGAUUGAUCAUUGUGAGCAAAAAGAACCUAACUUUAUUGAUUAUUUUGUGAAGGUUCAACAAGGAAAAGUUGCUAAGGGUAAGGAAAGUCUUGAAAUAAUACUUUGGCAUAUUAUUUGUCAAGAGCUUUUUCUUUUGUCGGAAAGCAAGAAUGGUAUGUACAUUUGGCUUAUGCUUAUCUUGUGCUUAUCUAAAGCCAUUGAGGUAAAGAUACAUAACUUUGAGUAUUUUGAUAUUCUUUGUAUGAUUAUAAUUGCUACUCAAAAGUAUUUUUCAAACUAAGUAGCCAACUUUGAAAAACACUUUUGAGAAAAAC